AAUGCCUCCUAAAAAAGAAUAACAAGAAGAGAAAAAGAAUAAAUUAGGAAGACCUAGUAAUACUCUUAAGAUGGGUAUAGUUGGUAUGGCAAAUGUGGGUAAGGAAUACAUUUCAUAAAAAAAAUAGGAAAAUCAACCACAUUUAAUACUUUGUGUAAAUUAAAUGUUCCAGCAGAAAAUUAUCCAUUCUGUACAAUUGAUCCAAAUAAUGCUAAAGUUCCUGUUCCAGAUGAUAGAUUUAUAAAAUUAUGUCAAAUGCAUAAGCCAAAAAGUGAGAUUUAAGCUGUAUUGAGCAUAGUUGAUAUAGCUGGGUAUUGAUAUAAUAAAAAUAUUAAAUAAGUUUAGUACCAGGAGCACAUAAGGGAGAAGGAUUAGGAAAUGCUUUCUUAUCACAUAUAAAAGAAUGUGAUGGAAUUUAUCAUGUUGUAAGAGCAUUUGAAGAUGAAAAUGUUUGUCAUACUGAAUUAUCAGUUGAUCCAAUUAGGUAGAUUAGAUAAUUAUAUUGAAUAGAGAUAUGGAUAUAAUUUCUACUGAAUUGUUAUUAAAAGAUUUAGAAUUCUGUAAUAAUAGAUUAGCUGAAACAGAACACGUAAUUAAGAGAAAUAACAAUAAAGAUGCUAGAGAAGAAAAAGAAGUUUUGGAUAAAGUGAAAUAAUUAUUGGAUAAUAAGAAGUGGGUCAGAACAGGAGAUUGGAAUUUUAAAGAAGUUGAAAUAUUGAAUAAAUAUUAUUUCAUUACAGCAAAGAAUGUUGUAUAUUUGGUGAAUUUAAGUUAACAAGAUUUUAUGACAAGAAAGAAUAAAUGGUUGAAAGGUAUUAAAGAUUGGGUUGAUGCUAAUUGUCCAGGAGAUAUUAUUCCAUAUAGUGCAGAUUUAGAAAAGGCUAUUUUUGAAGAGUAUUUCACUUUUAUAAUAAAUCAAGAUCUCAAGCUGGUACUAUAACUUAAGAAAGAUAAAAAUUAUCAAUGUUACCAAGAAUCAUCAAAACUGGCUAUAAAGCUUUAGAUUUGAUUUAUUUUUUCACUGCUGGUGAAGAUGAAGUCAGAUGUUGGACUAUUAGAGCAGGAACUAAAGCACCUUAAGCUGCUGGAGUAAUCCAUACAGAUUUUGAAAAAGGAUUCAUUUGUGCUGAAGUUAUGAAGUAUGAAGAUUUUGUAAAUUUGGGAUCUAUCACAGCAGUUAAAGCUGAAGGUAAGUAUAGACAAUGGGGUAAAGAAUAUGUUGUAGAAGAUGGAGAUAUUUGUUUCUUUAAAUUUAAUGUUGGAGGCGGAGGCAAAAAAUGAGU